UCCCGCCACCCCUUCCUAACAGAACUGUUGCAAAGAUUCCUGCUGGCAUUUUUGAAUGAAGACUGCCAGAUGUGAGCUACUGUAGCCGAGUCAGACUCUAAAAAUAUUGCUCUUUGAAACAUGUGCUGCACAUGCGGACAGGGUUAACUUGGAGAGCAGAAUACCUGAUCCGGAGAGAGACAGGAUCUAACUGAAACUUUCUUUUUAAUUCAGCUUUUCUGUAUGAAGUCACCGAUUAUAAAACAAUAAAAGAAGACCCUGUGCAUGGCACUUUUUUUUUUAACCUGUAUGUUCGGAGACUAACUUUUAUUUGAAGAAAGAACAGAAAGAAAAAAGCAUGUCUGGGAGCAUGCAUACAAAAUCCAUCAUCAAAACACUGGCUGCAGCUGUCUGUAUACUGGUUCUGUUUCCAGAAGUGCGGACUACAAGAAAAUUACAAAAAAGGAGCUUGCUGCAGAAAACUGGAGACAAGUACAAUGAUUAUGAGUACCCCAACCAGUCUCCAUCAGCUCAGUUUCAAAAGAAUGACAGAUGCCCUCCACCACCUCAGAUGCUCCCAGAGCAGGCAUGUGAAGUGCCCAGCUGCCGAUCUGACUCUGAGUGUGAACGGCAUAAACGUUGUUGCUACAAUGGAUGUAUUUAUGCCUGUUUAGAGUCUGUCCAACCUCCUCCAGUACUGGACUGGUUAGUUCAACCCAAGCCUCGAUGGUUAGGAGGAAAUGGAUGGUUAUUGGAUGGACCAGAGGAGGUGCUUCAGGCGGAAGCUUGCAGUACAACAGAAGAUGGAGAUGAACCUCUGCACUGCCCAACAGGGUAUGAAUGCCAUAUAAUCAACCCUGGCAACCCGGCGGCUGGAAUCCCCAACAGAGGCCAGUGUAUUAAACAACGUGGCAACUCAGAUGGCCGUGUUUUACGACACAAGUACUUCAAGGAUUAUAAAGAUUAUUUAGGUAUCAAUGCUAACAGUGCAGUGGGAUAUGAGAAGCAUCAUAAAAACCUGGGCUGAACAAAGCUUUGAGCUAUGCCAGAAAGAAAAAUGCCAAGCCAAAUGAGCAGCCAUUACCUUCAGUCAUAACAGAAUCGAUGAUGAAAUGGACCACUAAGCAGUGAAACCGAGAGGGGAACAAAGCUUGAAAUCAUUGUGUGUGUGUUUGUUUAUUGUUUGUUUAAAAUACAAUGACAAGAAUCACUGUACGUAAGCUGAAACCAGCACUUGCAUUUUCAGUUUUAAUUCAAGUUAUGUUUAAACUCUAGACCCAUGCAUUAAGACAGAUCACUAUCUUAAGACAGAAUUUAUGAUUCUGUGCUUGGCCAUACGUCCUGCACUUGAAUGAAGGUGUGAGAUACUGCGUGUACAAAGUGAACACUGUGAGUUAAAUGGUUUAAUUCAAUUUAUUCUUACAUAGGAAUCUUUGUGCACAAAAAAAAAAAAACAACACAAAUACUAUGCAACUAACUACACUUCAGUUAAAGCAAUACAAAGCCAGCAUACUUUUUCCACAAUAAAGUAGAACAACAACAGGACCCCACUAUUUAUAUUAAUGUAUAUUUUAAAAUAAACCAAUUAUAUGAUUACUUCACACUAAAACACUGGCAGGUGGCACAGUGGCUAGGGUUGCUGCCACACAGUUCCACAGUUCUGGGUUCAGCAUGAGGAGGUUUUGUAUUCUCCUUGUGUACUAUGAUUUUCCUCCUACAUACCAAAGACAUACGUGUUAGAUUAUAUGGAUACUCUAGGAGUGAAUGUGGACAUGCAUGCAUGUGGCCCUGUACAGAUCUGAUUAUCAUCUUGCACCCAAUGCCAAGAUUAGCUCCGUCUUCCAAAAGACACUGAACCAAAUAAGCAGGACAGAAAAUGGAUGGAGUUUCUUUGGGGGAAAUGUCAUACCAUCUUAACUAAAGCCUACCAGCAUGUUAAUUUCAUCCAAACAUCCCUUAACACUCCAAAUAGAAGAUUAAAACAUGUUACAUUAUUUCCCAUAAAUCAUGUCAUUCCCAUAAGUCAAAAUGUUGCUGUAAUUACCUUCAGUUUCUGGGAGAUGUCCAUGACUGUUUGGAUCAAAAAGCAAGACUAAUUUGAUUACUGCCGUUGUUUAAAUACAGCGCUUCCUGGUGACUGGUUUUCUGUGCCAGCACUUCAGUGUCAUUUCUAGCAUUAGAGCAUCACAGCUAAAGAGACAUGGAUUCUAUUCCUGUUUUGUCAAUACCUGUGUGGAGUUUCCAUGCUCUCUUCCCUCCACAUU